CUGCAAAAUGCGACCAUGAACAAGAACCAGAACCAGAACACAAACUACAACAAUCCUCCGCAACCGAAUGCUCUUCAAUCUCCAGCGAAGCACCCACUUCACAAAGGUCAGUCAUCUCUUCCCUCUUUUCUUCAUCAAACACCACUGUUCAUCCACACCCUGUAACAACAAACAACCACAAUCAAACCCACACAUAAACACAACCUCAAUCAACCUUUCUAGCCUUACAACAUCAAUCCUAACCAAAUGUUCUAAUCUUCUAACCAAACCACCUCACCCCACAACCACUAGUCCCUCUGUUCAACAAUAUCUUCUUGAUGUGUCUUAUAUAAACCCUAGAGUUACCCGUAAGUUUUGGAGGAAGUCUGAGUUUCAACCCCAAGAUGUUCUUGAAUUGUUACUGGGUUUUCAAUCUAAUUCUGAGAAAUUGGGUGUUGAUGCCAAAAAGGUUGCAUCUUUAUUCAAAAUUUUCAAGUGGGUCUGUUCAAGAAUUGAAAAAGGUACAAGCUUUAAGCAUCUUGAUCAGUCUUUCAAGGUUAUGAUACAGUUGUUGGUUCGGGUCGGGUUGUUUAAAGAUGCCGAAUGGGUAGUUUUGGAGAUGGGUAAAGAAGGGAUUUUGUUGGAUGAUCAAGAAGUUUAUAGUAGUUUGAUUGAAUGGUAUGUAGGUGUUGAUGAGUUAGAAAAGAGUGUUGAUAUGUAUGAUCGAAUGAGGGGGUUGAAUUUGGUUCCGUUGUUGUCUUGCUAUCGUACUCUCGUUAAUUAUCUUGUUCAUACGGAUGAAAGCAAGUUGUGUUUUCGAGUUUGUGGUGAUAUGCUUGAUAUGGGUAUGGCGGAAAAGGAAACGUACGAGAAAGUCGUUCGAGUUCUAUGUAGAGUUGGGAAUGUUCUCGAAUCGAGAAAUUUGAUUAAGAAGGCGUGUGUUUAUGGAAUAAAGCCGAGUUUAUUAAUUCUUGAUGCAAUUGCUAGUGGUUAUUGUGAGAAAAAGGAUUAUGAUGAUUUGAUGAGUCUUUUUAUCGAAACGGAUUGCUUUCCCGAUGUCACGGUUGGCAACAAGAUCAUACAUUCGAUCUGUCAAGAUCUCGGUGUAAAAGAAGCUUUUGAAUUUCUUAAUGAAUUUGAGCGUUUGGGCUACACCCCGGAUGCUAUAACCUUUGGAAUCUUGAUCGGGUGGAGUUGCAAAGAGGGACAUUUGAAAAACGCCCUUUUUUAUUUGUCGAAUGUUUUAUCUAGAGGCCUAAAACCGCAUAAAAAUUCUUAUAAUGCGAUUAUUAGUGCGGUUUUCAAGCAUGGUAUGUGGAAUCAUGCCAAUGACAUUGUUCUUGAAAUGGAAGAUGAGGGUGUAACACUUGAUACGUCAACUUUUAGAGUUCUUUUAGCGGGGUAUUGUAACAACAGACGGUUUGAUGAGGUGAAGGUGAUUGUCGAAAAGAUGGCGCAAAAAGGAUCAAUCGAACACUCACCGUUACAAGAUCCUAUUUCCAAAGCGUUUUUGUUGUUGGGUAUUGAUCCAUCGGUUUUAAAAGUGAGGCGGGAUAAUGAUGUGGCGUUCUCCAAAACCGAGUUUUAUGAUAGUGCGGGGAAUGGACUUUAUUUAGACGGUGAUGUAGUUGACUUUGACCAAACUAUGAUAAACGUUCUAGACGAUGCAAUGGUUCCUGAUUAUAAUCGUAUUAUCUUGAAUGAUGACGGUCUUGCUACGAUAGACGAAUUGGUUCACUGGGGUCAAGAAUUGUUGGUUUCGGGUUUCUCAACACAACUGAAAAAGUUUCACGCAUCUAAUUCGGGUUUCAAAACACUCACAACUCUCUUGGAGAAAACGCCCAAUUUACAUGAUAAUCUUGAUGAAGAAACGCUUAAUUUGCUUGUUCAAGCGUAUGCGAAAAGGGGUUUCGUACAUAAAUCAAAGGAAAUAUUCGACAAAAUGGUCAAGAAGAAAGUCGUAAUCACGAAAGAGACAUAUUCCGCUUUAGUAAAAGGCUUAUGCAAGAAAGGGAACUCAAGUGACAUUCGUGAAUGCUGCGAUUUCAUUCAAAACAAGAACUUGUUACCUACGUUGAAUGAUUAUAGAACGUUAAUCAAUUCGUUAUGCAAGAACAAUAUGGUGGUGGAAUCUUUGUCUCUCUUUGAGCAUGCAAUGAUGGAUUACCCGCAUGAAGUAACAGAAAUCUUUUACGGUUUUCUUGAAAAUCUAUGCGGAAUCGGGUUCACUAAAACGGCUCGCUUUUUGUUCCACGAGCUUUUAGAACGCGGUUAUCGCUUGGAUCAGGUAGCGGAUACUCAUCUUCUAAGCGGACUUUGCAAAGAGAACCGUUCUUCAGAAGCUUUCGUUAUGUCAAAUACGAUGCUAGCCAAUAUUACGACCCCUAAUGUCGACAUUUAUAAUGUUUUGCUUCAUGGGUAUUGUGCGGUUAAUGACUUGACGAAAGUCAAAGAGGUAUUCGGUGCCAUCUUAAAGAAGAACAUAACCAUCUACACUUCAAGUUACAGUAAGUUUGUAUCGUUAAUGUGCAACGAGGGUCGAUACCGUUUCGCUUUCUCAUUGAAAGAUCUAAUGGUCAAACAGAGUUCUUCACAUAUAGAUAUAACUUUGUAUAACAUCCUCAUGUUCCAUCUUUUCGCCUCGAAGAACAGUGUAUUAGUUGAUACGGUUCUAGACGAAAUUCAAGAAAAAAGACUCGAGUUUGACGAUGUCACGUAUAACUUUCUCGUAUAUGGAUUCUCAAACUGUGAAUCUGGGUCACGUUCCGUUUAUUAUCUAACCGAAAUGAUGUCAAAAGAACUGAAACCAAGCAACCGAUCUCUACGAGCAGUAGUAAGAUCGCUUUUAGAAGAUAACAAGUUCACGGAAGUCUUGAAAUUGAGUCAAGAAAUGGAAACGAAAAGAUGGGUUCAUUGUUCGAUUGUUCAGAAUGUAAUCGUCACGAGUUUUUUGAACACGGGUAAGCUUCAAGACGCUGUAAAGUUUCUCGAAAACAUGAUUCGUAAAGACCUCGUUCCUGAUAACAUAAACUACGAUAAUCUAAUCAAGAAGAUGUGUCAUCAUGGAAGAAACGACACAGCUUCCGAUCUUCUCGACAGUAUGCUGAUGAAAGCAAACAUCCCAGAUUCAACAACCUACGAUCGUUUAAUUCAAGAUUUAAGCGUUUGUAACAAGAUCGACGACGCCCUUGAUCUUUAUACCGAAAUGUUGAACCACAAACUCGCGCCAAGUAUCAAAACAUAUGAAGUUUUGACCGAAAAGCUUUGUGAAUGUGGAAGAACGAUAGAAGGUGAAAAGCUAAUCGACGCUAUGAUCCGUGCAGGAGAGCAACCGAGUAAGGGGAUGUUUGGGUCGGUGGUUAGUAGGUAUCGGUUCGAAAGAAACUUUACAAAGGCGUCGGAGCUUUUACAAAGAAUGCAACAGUUUGGGUACAAACCAGACUUUGAGACUCAUUGGUCUCUCAUAAGCACUCUAAGCAGGCUUAGUGAUAGAAAUAUAGACGAUACCAGUAGUAAUUUUCUGUCGAAACUUCUUUCUGAAAGCGGGUUUAAGCCGAAAAAAGACGUGGAUCGGAAAUCGAAGUAAUUAGAGUGCGACCUGGUUUUGUAUUUAUUUCCUGCAUUUAAGCGUCUUGAAUAGCGUAAGCUGCGUUUGUAUUUUCUUUUUGAAAUUGCUCAUUCUGUAUCUAUACUUACAAGGUAUGUAUUCUGAUUCAUGUUCGAUCGCAAUAUUGUGUCUAUUUGUUUCUUUUCUGAUUUCGAUUUUUUUUUCUUCUAUUUUUUUAAUCGCCACAAGCUUUAAUAUAUCUGCUCAUACAUCUUCAAUCUUGAUCUUGAAGGUUUUAGUGAUUGUGGUUCUGUUAAGGAUACUAAUGAAGCGUUGAUUUUCGACAAAUCAGACUUUGACUAAGGAAAACAGUGUCACCAUUAUGGAUCAUGAGAAAGGAAGUUUGAUUCAGAAAGUCGUUGAUGAUCUGUUGGAGGAUCCUCGGUUUCUUGAUGUCUUCUUGAUACUUUUUGCGAUAUGGUCCAGUGCUAAUGGGAAAUAAAUGUUUGUCAACGUUUAUUCAUUUGUUCUUUCGGUAUCUGAUUAUUGCGCGUCGACACUUACGUCCCAAUAGUCACACUAUGCAACUUUUGAAGAUGUAUUGGUAAUUAUUGCCCACAAAUUUUAUUUUUAAGGAUAGACAUCAGCCAUCUAUAUAGGUAUUUUAGGGACCUGUUACACCUGUUUGGGUCAUGCCAAGUUGGUAGCAGGUUUGGGAUUUUAUUACAAGCUAAUAAAACCCAUUUUUGUUUUGGAUCA